AUGGCAGGCAUGAGGCAGCUGGCUGUUGCAUUGCUCCUUGUCUCUGCUGUGUGCACCCAAGAUGACGAGGGAAGGAUCAUUGGAGGCUAUCCCUGCCUCCCCCAUUCUCAGCCCUGGCAAGCAUACCUGACUGGCACAUACACUUGCGGGGGGACUUUGAUCGCUGACUCCUGGGUAGUCACUGCUGCGCACUGCUAUGGUGGCAAUAUAAUCGUGCGGCUGGGGAAACACAACCUGGCGAUCCGGGAAGAAGGGGAGCAGACCCGGAGGGUGGUCAGGUACUUCCGCCACCCGGGUUUUAACCCCCGUACCCUCAAUAAUGAUGUCAUGAUGCUGAAGCUGGAGAGGCCAGUCCCCUUUACGCAGAAUCUACACCCUCUGGAGUUACCGAGAGGCUGCUCUGCCCCUGGGACCAUGUGCCUUGUAUCUGGCUGGGGCACCCUCACUACGCCACAAGCCACUUUCCCAAACAUCCUGCAGUGUGGCAACGUCAGGCUUAUCAGCCCAGAGAGAUGUGGAGCUUCUUAUCCUAACAGCAUCACGAAUGGGAUGGUCUGUGCUGGAGUACCAGAAGGUGGAGUGGAUGCCUGUCAGGGCGACUCAGGUGGGCCUCUCGUCUGCAAUCAGCAGCUGGAGGGGAUCGUCUCCUGGGGCAUGGAGAAAUGUGCCCAGGCCAACCGGCCAGGGGUUUACACCAGAGUAUGCAACUAUGUCAACUGGAUCCAACAAAUCAUGUGGAACAACUGAUCCCGAGGAAAGAGCUCGUCUUAUCCACAUUGGUGUUCCGGCAAUAAAAAACAAUUACCUUUUUUCGGGGGUGGGGGUUAAAGUCUCUCUUUCCAUGAAUUCUGCAAAUAUAUAUGCGUGUGUAUUACAGCCAGUGGUGGAUAGAACAGGAUUGCUUCCCCUGUUUGAAAUAAAUGUAUAUAUUGGGCUCUGCUUGUUUCUCUCCUCUCCAGUGCAAUGCUUUAAACCCCCCCCCCCUCCCAGCAACUUCUGGAACUAAUUGCAGAAUACUCAAGAGACCUUCAUGACUUUGCUGGUCGGAAGUGCAUUACAAGUGCAUGAGAAUGUAGGGUGUUCUUUCAGAAGCUAUCACCAGGGGGACCUAUCAUUUUACU